GUCAAAAAUCACUUCUCACUGAUCACUAUAAAAGCCGCUUAAAUCUCUCACUGCAGUAGUUCAGUUUUGGAAUUGCAACAAACAAUCAACCAUGGUUCAAAUCGCCGGUACCUACCAACUCGAAAAGAACGAAAAGUUCGCCGAAUAUUUGAUGGCUUUGGGCAUUCCCGAAGACAAAGCCAAACUAGCUGACUCGCUCAAACCCAAACUUCAAGUGGUCGUUGAUGGGAAGAAAAUUUCAUUGAACAGCGACUCCGGAGUUGAGAAUGCCUCGUCGACUUUUACAUUGGGCGAGGAAGUAGACGAACCGAUGCCUCAUAACUUUACUCUCAAAAGCACAGCUAAACUUGAAGGAGACACCUUGACAAUCACCUCCAAAGCUCCCAGCGGCAAAGUUGGAACCAGGGUCUACAAAUUCUCCGAUAGCAACCUCGUUGUGACUUUGAGUGCCGACAGCUCAGCACCCACUGGAAAGAGACAUUACAAGAGAGUUUAAAUGUUUUAAUGUUUUUUAAGUGAUAACAAUGUUAAUUUCUGUUAAUAAUAAAUGAAUUUUAAAAACA